CCGGUCGCUCCCUUUCUUAGCGCGAGGCGGCGGGACUCGAGCGGUGCCAAGAUGCAGAUCUUUGUGAAGACGCUGACAGGCAAAACCAUAACCCUGGAGGUGGAGCCCAACGACACCAUCGAGAACGUAAAGGCCAAGAUCCAGGAUAAAGAAGGCAUCCCUCCCGACCAGCAGCGGCUGAUCUUCGCGGGCAAGCAGCUGGAGGAUGGCCGCACCCUCGCCGACUACAACAUCCAGAAAGAGUCCACUCUCCACCUGGUGCUGCGCCUGCGAGGGGGCAUCAUUGAGCCCUCCCUGCGCCAGCUUGCCCAGAAGUACAACUGUGACAAAAUGAUCUGCCGCAAGUGCUAUGCCCGGCUGCACCCCCGCGCUGUCAACUGCCGCAAGAAGAAGUGUGGCCACACCAACAACCUGCGCCCCAAGAAGAAGGUCAAGUAGAGCCGGCAGCCCUGCCACGCCCUCAAUAAAGCAUCGCAGCUCA